AUGGCUCAGACAGAAAUGGUGACGGUGCGUAUGUCGCGCGGCCAAAUGGGUACACCAUGGGGUUUCGAUAUUGGACCUGAACUGGCCAUCAUUCACGUAAUCGGAGGUUCACUGGCUGACCGUGCUGGCUUAUUAAAUGGAGAUGUUUUAGUAGAACUUGAAGGUCACCAGAAUUUAAAUGUCGAAUUAGCAAAACAAUUGUUGUCGAAAACGGAGCAUAAAGUGGAAUUGAUUGUACAUAGGACAGGAGGCAAUAUAACACAUCGAAUUUGGCAACCAUCGGUAACUGAAAAUACAGAAUAUAAUAAAUUUCAACAUUCUGUAUUCAAUGUUCCUUCGACCGAUGCUCAGAAGAUGGAGUCUCCAAUUGUCCCUUUGAAGGUGUCGCUGGAACAUCAGAAUCCGGAAUCAAUCCCAAUCCCUGGUUUUAACGUCGCAGCUCAGCCAUUCGGUGAUCAUAAAGAGGUGAAACAUUUACAGUACAAUUCACCGAUGCCACUUUAUUCGCCACAAACAGCUGCCGAACAAUACCUUCAACAAACGGGUGGACUAUUUGGAACUGAUCCAAAUUUGGCUAAACAAAAGGAAGUUCCAUCGUAUUUGCGAUCAGAAACACUUCGCCUUAUCCAGGAAAGCGAACGGUCGAAAGAAAAUGGAAGACACGCGACACCAGUUAGAUCAACUAAAAUCAAUCAAGAAGAAACUCGACCGAAUGUGGAAAAUAUUUCUGAAACACCGAUGUGUUUUAUUUGUGGACGCAAUAUUAAAGGAGUGAUGUGUCGAGCAUAUGAUCAUACAAUGCAUAGUGAUUGCUUCCAAUGUUCGACGUGUGGUAGUUCUCUUAAGAACCAAGGACAUCAUUUUAUCAACGACAAAUUUUACUGUGACAUCCAUGGUCGCCAGCUUAGAGGAGGUAGUAGCGUCGCAAAACGUGAUGAGAUCCAUUGGUCUACCUCGACAUCUAGUGAGCCGGUAAGCAAUAUUAGGAAUAGACGAAGGCCCAGAAUGGUUCCAACUUCUGACAAAAAUACUUUGCUAACUCCAUAUCAGCCAGAAGUUAUGACUCGGGAAUCGAUUUCAAUCAGUCCAACACCAUGGAAGACACAAAGUCCCAUCAGUCCAAGCAAUCGAGGUGUGCCACCAGCGGCUACUUUAUAUGGGCAGGAACUGAAUGAAUUGAGGAAGGAAAUUUACAGUUCGUCGAUGAGUUCAGGUAACGUGUCCGAUCAACAAUCACACCACUCUUCGCAAAUGUUAAUAAGCCGUGUCCGAUCUUUGCCGCUUGCAAUCCGGAAAGUAACUUCACCAUGUCGGCUUCCAUGUAAACAUCACUGGCCUCCAGAAUCCCAAAAAAUUAAGAAAUAUUGGCAGUGCAACUAUUUGAUUGCUGAUGCUUCUAAAGACUCCUCUAAAAAAUCGGAACAAGAUGAAUUGCUUCUGUCAGUGUCAAAAUUUAUCAAGGAAAAUGAGAAUAAGCGGCGAAAGCCCCCAAGUCCUAAACGAUACCUGUUAAGAGGUGAAGAAAAAAGUUGUCAUUGGAAGCCUACCCAUCAUCUGGAAAAGAAUGGAAUCACUGCAGGUAAUUUUAGCAUGAGAUGCAGAUACCAUUUGACGCCAUGUGAUAUGUUUUUUCGAAAUCCAAAUUAUUCGGAACAUACGGAACGACGAAAGAAAUUCUCAAACGAAUACAACUGUGAUGUGGAAGAGAUGCAUAAAAUAAGUAUAGGAAACUUAAUUGAUAAUAGCAAUAACUAUGAGUGCGAUAGUUAUUUCUCUCCAAAUGAUAUCAAUGAAUAUCAACAGAUGCAACAAUAUAUUCAAAACAAGCCAGACUUGAUUACAAUCUCUCAGAACACUGAUCACAAGACGGGAAAUUUAGAAAUUCGAAAAUAUGAAAGGAAGGGAUGCGAAAAGGAAGAGCAAAAUCUUGAUGAAAAUGAUGUCGUUGUAGCGAACAUCUGCAAUAGUAUGGAAAUGAAAAAUCUUCCCAUAAAAGAGAUACUUGAUGUUCGAGAGCUGUCUGGUGAAACAGAAUCACACAGAUAUCAAACAGAUGUCAAAAAUCAUUGCGAUGAAAUUGAAAAUAUUGGCCUAGCUAGAAGUGAAAAGAAGGAACCAGUUAUUGAAAUGGAUGAAAAGUUUAUUACUGAUGUCUCUCAAGAUAUUAUUGUGAAAGAUCUGUUACACCGCAGCAAAGAUAGCAAGAACAAAGGAAAUAGAUGGAAAACAUGUGAAGGGUGGAAUGUGCUUGAUAUUCAUAGUGAGAAUGAAAAGAUAAUGAAAGGGAUUGGAGAAAAGAUCGAGGAGGAACAAAAAAAAUCCGAGGGUUUGGAUCCCAUAGAAGAACGUGAUAAACAGAUUGCUAUUGAAAGUAUCACUCGAUAUCAGCUGGAAUUACAUGAUCCGGGGAAGGAACUCUCACAUAUACUUGAAAAUGCUAUCGAUUUCCUCAAAAAUCUUGACAACAUGGAAGACAAACUGAUGGAUGAAAAUGGCUUUUGUCAUCAGCAACAGAAAAGUACAAAAUAUCCGGACACAAAUAAAAUAAUAGAAGUAGUGGAAAAUCGAUCAAACAAUUGUCGAAAUGUGGCUGUCAGUAGAAAUUCGUAUAUUAAACCAUCAAAUGUACGUGAACCACAAAAUGACGAACUGCCAAAAAGUCGAGGUGUACUUCAUACUCAAAGUAACCGUGUACCGCGUUGCGAAGACUGCAGACAAGAAAUAAGGGGUGCAUACAUCUUAGCGAAUGGAUUAGCAUACUGUCCAGAUCAUUUUGUGUGCUCCAACAAAUCAUGUGGUCGCAAAUUGUUGGACAUUGGUUUUGUAGAAGAAAAAGGACAUAAAUAUUGCGAGCGUUGCUUUGAAACUGAAAUUGCUCCGCGCUGUGCUAAAUGCAAUCAGCCUAUAACUGCUGACUGUCUGAAUGCGCUUCAGAAACAGUGGCAUCCGCACUGCUUUGUUUGCACUCAUUGUUGUAAUCCAUUUGGAAAUUCUGCAUUUUUCCUCGAACAAGGACAACCAUACUGUGAAGCAGGCAAGCUCUUCAGUCCAUUCACUGUUUAA